AUGGCGAUUCAAAAGAAGCAUGGCAAAGGCCGCUUGGAUAAGUGGUACAAACUUGCCAAAGAGAAGGGAUACAGAGCCAGAGCUGCUUUCAAGCUCAUCCAACUGAACAAGAAAUAUGGCUUCUUGGAGAAGAGCAAGGUCCUUCUGGACCUGUGUGCUGCUCCUGGUUCUUGGUCCCAAGUAGCAGCCGAGGUCAUGCCCGUCGAGUCUCUUAUUGUCGGUGUAGAUUUGGCCCCGAUCAAACCCAUCCCCCGAGUCAUCACUUUUCAGAGCGACAUUACAACAGACAAGUGUCGUGCCACUAUCCGCCAGCACCUAAAGACGUGGAAGGCCGAUACUGUUCUGCACGACGGUGCGCCCAACGUUGGUACCGCCUGGGUUCAGGACUCGUUCAACCAAGCCGAGCUGGCGCUGCAAUCGCUUAAGCUGGCGACCGAGUUCCUCAUCGAGGGCGGAACAUUCGUCACAAAAGUUUUCAGGUCCAAAGAUUACAACUCGCUCCUAUGGGUCAUGAACCAGCUCUUCACAAAGGUCGAGGCCACCAAGCCUCCGUCCUCGAGAAAUGUCUCAGCAGAAAUCUUCGUCGUCUGCCGCGGCUUCAAGGCACCCAAGCGCAUCGAUCCUCGCUUCCUGGACCCCACGUCCGUCUUUGCCGAACUCAAGGAUGGCGCCCCCAACAACGAAGCCAAGGUCUAUAAUCCCGAGGUCAAGAAGCGCAAGCGUGACGGUUAUGAUGAGGGCGACUACCUGAUGUACAAGGAGCUCUCGGCCAGCGAAUUCAUUCAGACUACGGACCCUAUCGCUAUCCUGGGUAACUACAACAAACUCACCUUCCAGCAGCCUCCAAAUGGGGAUGUGGCACUCGCGGCACUCGACAAACUCCCGGAGACCACGGCCGAGAUACGGAGAUGCUGCGAUGAUCUCAAGGUCUUGGGUCGCAAGGACUUCAAGCUUCUUCUCAAGUGGCGCCUCAAGGUCCGAGAGAUCUUUGGUUUCGCCAGCAAAAAGGAUGAAGCGAAGGACAAAGAGGAGACCACGGAGGAGGUUGCCGAGGUGGAAUCCAUGGAUGAGGAACUCAAGACUCAGGAAGAGCUGCAGGCGCUGAAAGAUAAAGAAAGUGCCAAGCGGAAACGCGAGAAGCGCCGCGAGAACGAGCGCAAACAACGCGAGAUUGUGCGCAUGCAGCUCAACAUGACUGCACCCAUGGACAUUGGAAUGGAGGAGGCCGGCCCCAUGGGCGAGGGCUCCAUGUUCUCACUCAAAAAGGUUGACAACGCUAGCACCUUGUCAAGGUUAUCAAAGGGCCGAAUGGUCAACCUCUCGGCCGCCGAGAAGAAGAAGCAGGAAAGGGAAGACAGUGGUCUCGGUACCUCGCCCGACUCGGAUGAGGACGUGAGUGACGAGGAAGAGGACCGCCUCGAAGGAGAACUCGACAACAUGUACAGCCAGUACCAGGAGCGCAAGGCCGAGGCCGAUGCCAAGUACCGCGCCAAGAAGGCCAGAGAAGAACACAAGGACGAGUGGGAAGGUCUGUCAGCCAGUGGAGGGUCUGACAAGGACGAAUCGAGCGACCUAGAGGAGGAGUCUGACUCUGAUUCGGAUGAGGAGGACAGUGUCAACGGAAAGGGCCUUAUUCGGGACCUGGAUGACACCCCGGCCGACGAGCAUGGCUUGUCAAAGAAGGCUGCCGCAUUCUUCAGCCAGGACAUCUUCAAGGGCAUCGCUUAUUCGCUCUCAGACCCCGUCGCUGCGCCCGCCACCGUGGCCACCGCGGCCACCACCACCGAGCCCGCCACGAACGGAAAGCAGGGGAAGCCGACCAAGGAGAAAAAGGCCAAGGUCCAGGAGACGGCGUACAACUCCGACUUUGAAAUGGCAGAUGACGAGCCCGGGCAAUUCGAGAUUGUUAAGCGAACCAAGACUGCACAAGACGAGUGGGAGGACGAGGGAGCCAACACGACGAAUGGAAGGCCAGAUGUCGACAUUAUUACUGCUGAGGCUAUGACUCUGGCACACAAGCUCGCGACGGGCGAGGAGACAAGGCACGAUCUGAUUGACAAUGCGUACACCAAGCACGCAUUCCGCGACCGCGACGGCGUCCCCGACUGGUUCCUAGACGACGAGUCCAAGCACGACAAGCCGCAUAAGCCGACGACAAAGGCCGCUGCCCGUGCGAUUCAGGAGAAGUUGCGCGCUUACAACGCGCGUCCGAUCAAGAAGGUGCGCGAGGCUAAGGCUCGCAAGAAGUUCAAGGCAGCUCAGAGGCUGGAGAAACUCAAGAAGAAGUCGGACAUGUUAGCCAACGAUGAGGGUAUGACGGAGAAGGAGAAGUCCGAGAGUAUCGCAAAGCUGUUAAGCAAGGCAGCGCGCAAGAAGCCGUCGCAGCCGGCCAAGCUGGUCGUGGCCAGGGGAACAAACAGGGGUGUCAAAGGACGUCCUCAGGGUGUCAAAGGCAGGUACCGUAUUGUGGACCCUAGGAUGAAGAAGGAGCUGAGGGCGCAGAAGAGGAUCGCCAAGAAGAAGAAGAGGUAA